CCAACGCUUGAGUCGUCAGCCUUAGUACAACUCGGUGAAAGAGAGAGAGAGAGAGGGAGGGAGCCAGGAGAACUAGCGGACGCAACUGCGUAGACAACGAUACCCGACCGGAGAGCCGUCCUUUUUCGCAGAAUCGUCAAACAGCCGAGCGGCAGAGCGUUAGCGGCUAGCAGCGCCGCGGUGUCUCCACAGCUCAGAGGAGAGACCCAGAGACCGAGCCACAGGGAGGACCUGCUGGAGCGGCCGUCUGUCAGGGAUUCUGGGCGCUCUGCUUCCCGAGAUUCGCCCCGCGUGGAACGUGCCUCUAGUCCGCUCGCUUUCUGAGGAGAGAGAGAGCGGGCGAGCGAGCGAGAGAGAGAGAGAGUAGGGAAGGGAGAACUCUGGGAAAAGCGCUCGUUCGGGACUCCCCCGAAUCUCCCGCGCGUCCGACAGACGCCCCCUCGUCGCUCGCCCCGGCUCUCUGCGCCCCCCCCCGUCCCCCGUCCCUCGCCGUCGCGGGUCCCCGCUCGCCAUGGCGGUGCGUCAGAUGGAGUCCUGCGGCGGGCUCCAGGUGCUGCCGGCCCACCUGCUCUCCGCGGCGAUGGAGGAGUUCCCCCAGCAGCUGCCCGUGCCCAAGUGCCACGCCCGGGGGCGGAGCCGGCCCCGCCGCGCGCGCGAGGCGCGCUUCAAGACGCAGCCCGUCACCUUCGCCGAGAUCGCCGAGGUGGAGGAGGAGGGCGCUUCGCCCAUGGAGGAGGAGCGGGCGCGCCGGUCCUUCCUGCAGUCCCUGGAGAACCUGCGCAGGAGCACGCAGACCCUGCACCGCCCCGCCGCCCACGCGCACGCCGCCACGCCCACCCAGGCCAGCCUGGACUCCAGCGACUCGGACUCGCAGCAGUGAGAGAGACGGGGGGGGGGGCUGCGGGGCGGGGGGGCGGGGGGAGACACACACACGCCCCCCCCCGCCGCCUCCCUCUGCACCUACACACUGAUGGCUGGACCCACCUGCUUUUAAGGACUCUAAUCCUGUGCGUAGACGCCCCCCCUUCUUCUCUUUUCCUACCGUUUAGAUCUAUAUUUAUAUAAAAAUGUGUACUUGUAUAGAGAUACAGGUAUUUAUAUAUUCAGAAGUGCUAUGUGCAGGUGCUGCACUUUAUAUGUAUAUAUAUAUUUGAAAAAAGCUCCACCGGUAACGCUGGCUGAAUCUAAAGUCGAAGCUGCUUAGCCAAGCAAAGUGUAGCGUGUAAGCUAUGAUGCGGUGAUGAUGUCAUCACUUUCAUCUCCUUACUCAUUGUUAAGCUCCUCCCCUUUUGUUGUUUCUGGUGUGAGACCCACAGUGGGGAUAUGGGCGGGGACACAGAGGACUGACUGAAGGCCUGCUGGGUCUCUCUCUCUCUUAAAAAAAAAAAAAACAAAAAAAAAACUUUUUUAUAUAAUAGUGGAAAGGUUUAUUUGCUUUUCUGACUGAUUUGAUUUGAAACGCGGUGCCUGAUGUGAGCCUUCUCCAGGCCUUCUCGUAAAAAAACAAAAAAACAGAAAAAGAAGACAAUGGACAAAAGGUUGGCUUGUUAAUUGUACAUGUGAACGUGGCUGAACUGAUUUGCAGAGGGAGGGGUUUCCGUGGUGACUGUGUGAAGGAAGCGUUUCCGUGGUGACUGUGCUCAGUAUGCAGACAGGUUGAAUGCUAACAGCUUCUGUGCUCUCACACAGCUGCAUUGCGUUAGCCGUACGGCAACGUGCAAGAAGACUUAACUUUCUUAUUUUUAUAUAGCAGAACAGAGGAACACCAUGUGCUCUUAUUAUGAUUAUAUUUAUUUAACUUUUUUAAUGCAAUGGGAUUAGAAGCGUCUUAUUUUCAUCGACCUUGUGAACCUUUUCUUUUAGGUUUAAAAACACAAAACGAAAGCUCUUUAUACUUUUAUUUUUCAUUUCUAAAAAUUUGUAAAAAUGUUCCUAUUUCCUUAAUAAAUAUUUGCAAGUGUGCAUA